AUGAUGUCUUAUCUUAAGCAACCACCUUACGCAGUCAAUGGGCUGAGUCUGACCACUUCGGGUAUGGACUUGCUGCACCCCUCCGUGGGCUACCCGGCCACCCCUCGGAAACAGCGGCGGGAGAGGACGACGUUCACCCGAGCUCAGCUAGACGUACUGGAAGCGCUGUUUGCCAAGACCCGGUACCCAGACAUCUUCAUGCGGGAAGAAGUGGCGCUGAAAAUCAACUUGCCUGAAUCCAGAGUGCAGGUAUGGUUUAAGAAUCGAAGAGCAAAGUGCCGCCAACAGCAGCAGCAACAACAGAAUGGAGGUCAAAAUAAAGUGAGACCUGCCAAAAAGAAGACAUCUCCAGCUCGGGAAGUGAGUUCAGAGAGUGGAACAAGUGGCCAGUUCACUCCCCCCUCUAGCACCUCAGUCCCUACCAUUGCCAGCAGCAGUGCUCCAGUGUCUAUCUGGAGCCCAGCUUCCAUCUCCCCACUGUCAGAUCCCUUGUCCACCUCCUCUUCCUGCAUGCAGAGGUCCUAUCCCAUGACCUAUACUCAGGCUUCAGGUUAUAGKCAAGGAUAUGCUGGCUCAACUUCCUACUUUGGGGGCAUGGACUGUGGAUCUUAUUUGACCCCUAUGCAUCACCAGCUUCCUGGACCAGGGGCCACACUGAGUCCCAUGGGUACCAAUGCAGUUACCAGCCAUCUCAAUCAGUCCCCAGCUUCUCUUUCCACCCAGGAAUAUGGAGCUAAGCUGGGUUUUAACUCAACCACUGAUUGCUUGGAUUAUAAGGACCAAACUGCCUCCUGGAAGCUUAACUUCAAUGCUGACUGCUUGGAUUAUAAAGAUCAGACAUCCUCAUGGAAAUUCCAGGUUUUGUGA